AAUUUAACUUGGGUCGUCUACAAGUUUCCAGAGAACUAGUAAGUGAUGUCAUUCUCCCCAGAUGGGCUAAGUCAGCUGAAGAUUUCAUCUAUAAACAUAGGAAAGCUCUGGAGUCUGAAUAUGUUUCUGCUCAUCUUCAUGAAUGGAUAGAUCUGAUUUUUGGCUAUAAACAGAGGGGGCCAGCUGCAGUGGAGGCACUCAAUGUUUUCUAUUACUGUAGUUAUGAAGGAGCUGUGGAUCUGGAUGCCUUAACAGAUGAGAAGGAAAGAAAAGCCUUAGAAGGGAUGAUUAACAAUUUUGGGCAAACACCUUGUCAACUGUUAAAGGAACCACACCCUUCUAGAUUGUCAGCAGAGGAGGCAGUGCAGAAGCAAACCAAAACAGACACUUCACCCUUUAACUUAUUUCAACACCUCCCUGAACUCAAGUCAUUUUUUAUAGAGGGAAUUAGUGAUGGUAUUCCACUAUUAAAGGCCAUUGUCCCCAAAAAUCAGUCUCGUUCUUUUAUUUCACAAGGCAGUCCUGAGUUACUGAUAACAGUAAGCAUGAAUUACGUUAUUGGAACCCAUGGAUGGCUGCCUUAUGACAGAAACAUUUCUAAUUACUUUACAUUCAUCAGGGAUCAAACUGUGACAAAUCCAAAAACUCAGCGUAGUAUGAAUGGACCUUUUGCUCCAGGGCUGGAGAUAACUUCUAAGCUAUUUAUAGUAUCACAUGAUGCGAAGUUGCUUUUUAGUGCUGGACACUGGGAUAAUAGCAUUCAAGUGAUGUCACUUACAAAAGGCAAAAUUGUUUCACACAACAUCAGACAUAUGGAUAUUGUGACUUGUUUAGCUACAGAUUACUGUGGAAUACAUUUGAUAUCUGGUUCCAGAGAUACUACAUGUAUGGUAUGGCAGAUAACCCAACAGGGAGGUGUUCCUGUGGGCCUAGCAUCUAAACCGUUUCAGAUUCUGUACGGACACACUGAUGAGGUAUUGAGUGUUGGCAUAAGCACUGAGCUAGACAUGGCAGUGUCAGGAUCAAGGGAUGGCACUGUGAUUAUACAUACCAUUCAGAAAGGUCAGUAUAUGCGGACUUUACGACCACCUUGUGAGAGUUCUCUGCUCUUGACCAUUCCCAAUUUGGCUAUAUCUUGGGAAGGACAUAUUGUCAUCUACUCCAGCAUUGAAGAAAGUACCACCCUCAAGGAUAAGAAUGCAUUGCAUUUGUUUUCUGUAAAUGGCAAGUAUCUACGGUCUCAAGUCCUGAAGGAACAAGUAUCAGAUAUAUGUGUAAUUGGAGAGCACAUUGUCACAGGCAGCUUACAAGGAUUCCUGUCCAUAAGAGAUCUCCACAGUUUGAAUCUCAGCAUCAACCCAUUAGCCAUGCGAUCGCCUAUCCACUGUGUUUAUGUAACCAAAGAAUAUAGCCAUAUUCUUGUAGGAUUAGAAGAUGGUAAAUUGAUUGUCGUGGGUGUUGGCAAGCCAGCUGAGAUGCGCUCAGGUCAGCUUUCUCGAAAAUUGUGGGGAUCUAGCAAGCGGCUCAGCCAGAUUUCAGCUGGAGAGACUGAAUAUAAUCCUCAAGAUUCCAAGUGA